UACAAGAACUUUUUUUUUCUUUUGCGAAUCCAUCAAAAUAUAUUUUUCGGUCCUAGUCAAAGACUGCAAAUAUGGCGGACGAGGAAAUGAGAGAUGCUGAUGCGGUGGAAACGCCCGCGGAGAGCGAACUUCCUGAAGACCCAGACGACAACCUGGACCGUGUUCGCAUGCUCCCGGGAGGUUCAGACACGGCGGCUUCUUUCGAGUUCCUUGAAGAAGAUCACACGCUUGGAAAUGCUCUUCGACAUAUCAUCAUGAAGAAUCCUCAAGUCGAAUUUUGUGGUUAUUCUAUUCCCCAUCCUGCUGAAAAGAAGAUGAAUCUACGAAUACAGACAUAUGAUGGCGUGAACGUGCAAGAUGUGCUAGAGAAGGGCCUAAAUGAUUUGAUGGAUCUAUGUGAUGUGGUAAUUGAGAAGUUCGAAGACGCACAGAGGGAGUAUCAUUCGAAAAUGAACGGCGCAUGAUAUGUUCUUCGCAGGAAAAUACUGAAAGACAUGGGCUGCGCUUCUCAAUUUCUACGAGUUUACUUAUUCCAGCUUCGUGGUAUAGAGAGCUUUCACCCGUGGUCCUCUUGGCACUGCGUCUCGCAGAAGCGACACAGCGUUUACUAAAGAAAAGUAAAAGAGUUACUCAGCGACGAAUGAUAGGGUCAAGAGAAUGGAGAAUUUUAAGUAUAUGGGAACGUAAUGAAUUGAUGCCGACUGCGCUAUUAAAUGAAUAUGUACAGUACUUCUCUGUAUAGCGAUCAAUCAACACUUAGUUACGUCCC